GUCACAGCCCUUGAAAUGUCAAAGUUCAUUAUCUCGGAGAGCGACCAGGGAGACUUGCCAUGCCCGCUGGAGUGCCCGCAGGAGCGUGGCCGCCCCGUCUGCGCCUCCGACGGGAGGCUCUAUAAAUCCCCAUGUACCUUCCGGAGAGCGCGUUGUCGUGAUCCGUCCCUCGAAGCCGUGCCUCGCUACCGAUGUGGUGGGGCCGCCCACCGAGAACCCAACAAUACCAACCUCACCCGCUGUCUGGAGGACCGAGCCGCUGCACUCUCGCAGUCCCGGCGCCAGGCGCAUGCAUCGUACGUCCCAGAAUGUCGUGAAGACGGCACCUUCCUGCAGGUUCAGUGCCAUAAACAGACUGGAUACUGCUGGUGCUCCACACCCGAAGGAAAGCCCAUCAGCGGAACCUCAGUACUCAACGAAACACCCAAUUGUACAGGUUCCUAUACGGUGCGAACUUCAUGGCAGGAUCCUAACUCCUCUCGGAGAGAAGAAGGCGCCAGGCCCCGGCCCACCCAGUCAAGCCCCCUGCCCCACAAGCAGGAAGAAGGGACCUCUUUGCCGUUCCUGAUCCCCAUAAUCAUCCCAGAUUUCAACCCUAACCACACGGUGAAGCCGGCUCAAGAGUAUCCCCCGUCCUGUGAACAGGAGCGGCGCGAUGCCAUCGACGAGGCCCGUCAGCAUCAGCAAGAGGGCACCUUCAUCCCGGAAUGUGAGGGGGACGGCACCUACAAGGCCGUGCAGUGCCACCAGGCCACCGGGUACUGCUGGUGUGUGCGGGUGGACACCGGGCGGCCCGUCCCGGGCACUUCCAAGCGGAAUUUCCCCCCAGACUGUGAGGCUGAUGCAGCAGCCAAGAGCGCAGAACUAAGCUCCCUUUUCCGGGAUCGGGCCCUGCCAGGUUGUCCGGGCACGAAGAAGGCAGAAUUUCUCUCCAAUUUGAUCAAAGCCUUAGCUUCUGACAUGUUGCAGUCAAGGAUGAUGCCCGCCCCAUUCCGGAGGUUUCCCGACAGUUUUGUGAGCCCCGGCCUGGAGGAGCGGGCGGUGCGCUGGCAGUUUGUGCGCCUGGACAAAGACUUCAGCAACAGCAUCAGCGAACGGGAGCUGCGUCCCCUGAAACUCUACAUGAAGAAGAACACCCGUCCCAAACGCUGCGUCCGCAAGUUCCUGGACUACUGCGACCUCAAUGAAAACAAGCUCAUUUCCCUUCAGGAGCUCAAAGGCUGCCUGGGGCUGAGUUAACCCCAUGACUUCUCCCGAAAAAGAAUGGGGCUUUCUCCCCUCCAGACCCCCGUGGGCUGGGCUGGGGCGCUCUGUUCUUUUGAGCACUGCAUUCCCGCCUCUGAUUGCAGACUCUUUGCACUUUAAAGAGACGGACUGGACUUUCUGCCAAGAAGGUUAAGGAUGGUUUGGAAAAUGGCAAAAAAUGUGGAAGGGCUGCCAGUCCACCUUCAGUUUUUUCCUCUCUCUCUCUCUCUCUCUUUUUUUUUUUUUUUUUGCUUUAAACAUGUAGAUAAUGAAAGCCUGCAAUAACCUUUAGAGAUGGUUUUUAAAAACAAAAAAUAUUUUAAUCUUUGCUUUAUUUUUACAAUGUAAUUUUAAAGGGGAAAAUAUGAAUGUAAGGGACUUCUUUGUUAGAGGGUUUUUAAAAAGAAGUGGUAUUAACUUUUUAAGUGGCUGUCUCUGCAUAAAAAUAAGUUGGAUUUUAAAACAAAUUGUAGUCUGUUUAUUUGAAU